CACUAACCUCUGGGAAAUGUCAGUGUAACCCUCCGCCUGCGGUAGAUGUGCUGAGGCUGGAGUAGCCACCAUUUUGCAUGUCUAGUGUGUUCCUCCCUCCAUUGCUAAUAGAGACGAUUCCAGUCAUUUUCUGGCAUCAUAUCGGCUAAGAAUGCCAGCUCCGAUCAGACUGCGGGAGCUGAUCCGGACUAUCCGGACAGCACGGACCCAGGCAGAGGAGCGUGAGAUGAUCCAGAAAGAGUGUGCUGCUAUCCGCUCGUCCUUUAGAGAGGAAGACAAUACAUACCGUUGCAGAAAUGUGGCAAAGCUUCUUUAUAUGCACAUGUUGGGCUACCCGGCACACUUUGGGCAGCUGGAGUGCCUGAAGCUGAUUGCCUCCCAGAAGUUCACUGACAAACGAAUAGGUUAUUUGGGAGCAAUGCUGCUGUUGGACGAGAGGCAGGACGUUCACCUACUAAUGACAAAUUGCAUUAAGAAUGAUUUGAAUCACAGCACACAAUACGUCCAGGGCCUGGCCUUGUGCACUUUGGGCUGCAUGGGUUCUUCAGAAAUGUGCCGUGAUCUGGCUGGGGAGGUAGAGAAGCUGCUCAAAACAUCCAACUCCUACUUGAGGAAAAAAGCGGCGUUGUGUGCAGUUCAUGUCAUCAGGAAGGUUCCAGAACUGAUGGAAAUGUUCCUUCCAGCAACAAAAAACCUGCUGAGCGAGAAGAACCAUGGUGUUCUCCAUACAUCAGUGGUCCUCCUCACUGAGAUGUGUGAAAGAAGUCCUGACAUGCUGGCCCAUUUCAGAAAGAAUGAGAAGCUGGUUCCACAGUUGGUGAGAAUCCUGAAGAACCUAAUCAUGUCUGGAUACUCUCCUGAGCAUGAUGUGUCGGGCAUAAGCGAUCCUUUCCUGCAGGUGCGGAUAUUGAGACUACUGCGAAUUUUAGGCAAGAGUGAUGAUGACUCCAGUGAAGCAAUGAAUGACAUUCUUGCACAGGUUGCAACAAACACAGAGACAAGUAAAAACGUAGGCAAUGCAAUUCUCUACGAGACUGUACUGACUAUAAUGGACAUCAAGUCUGAAAGUGGACUGAGGGUCUUGGCCAUUAACAUACUAGGGCGCUUCCUUCUAAACAACGACAAAAAUAUAAGAUACGUGGCAUUGACAUCUCUACUAAAGACGGUACAGACAGACCACAAUGCAGUGCAGAGGCAUCGGAGCACCAUUGUGGAUUGUUUAAAAGACCUGGAUGUGUCCAUCAAGAGACGUGCAAUGGAACUGAGCUUCGCCCUGGUAAACGGCAACAACAUUAGAGGCAUGAUGAAAGAGCUGCUCUACUUCCUGGACUCCUGUGACCCUGAAUUCAAAGCAGACUGUGCAUCAGGAGUCUUUCUAGCUGCAGAGAAGUAUGCUCCUUCGAAAAGAUGGCACAUAGACACCAUUAUGAGAGUCCUGACAACAGCAGGGAGCUAUGUGCGAGAUGAUUCUGUUCCCAACCUCAUCCAGCUCAUCACCAACAGUGUGGAGAUGCAUGCCUACACAGUACAGAGACUCUACAAAGCACUGCUGGAUGACAUCUCACAGCAACCUCUAGUGCAGGUGGCGUCGUGGUGCAUAGGAGAGUAUGGGGACUUGCUGGUGUCUGGACAGUGUGAGGAGGAGGAGCCUAUCCAGGUGAGUGAGGAUGAAGUCCUGGAUGUGCUGGAAGGCCUCCUGGUGUCCAACCUGUCCACACCUGUGACCCGGGGUUAUUCCCUUACUGCCAUCAUGAAGCUUUCUACUCGCUUCAGCAGUGUUAACCGAAUCAAGAAGGUGGUUUCGAUAUAUGGCAGUAGCAUUGAUGUGGAGCUUCAACAGAGAGCCGUGGAGUACAAUGCGCUUUUCAAGAAGUAUGACCACAUGAGGCCGGCUCUCCUAGAACGAAUGCCCAUCAUGGAGAAGAGCUCUACUAAUGGCCCCACAGAGAUUGUACAGACAAAUGGGGAGACAGAGCCCUCUGUUGUGGAACCAAAACAUCUACCGCCUGUCACCCAGCCAGCCAACCAGGCUAAUGAUUUAUUAGACCUGCUGGGAGGUAAUGAUGUGGUGCCAGUAAUCCAGACCACGAUGCCCACAAAGCCUGCCUCAGCUGGAGGAGAGCUGCUUGAUCUGCUGGGUGACCUCUCGCUAAGUGGCGGUCCAGCCCCUGCUCCCGCUCCCUCUGUGCCCACUUCCCAACCCUCUUUCCUUCUGGAUGGCCUCUCCUCACAGCCCCUAUUUAAUGACAUUGCAGCUGCAGCUAUUCCCCCUAUGACGGCAUACAACAAGAAUGGUCUGAAAAUAGACUUCACAUUUGAGAGAGCAAAUCCCAAUCCAAACAUCGCGGUCAUCACCAUCCAUGCCUCAAACUCAACAGAGGCCGAUAUGACAGACUUUGUUUUUCAGGCUGCAGUACCAAAGACAUUCCAGCUGCAGCUCCUCUCCCCUAGCAGUAAUGUUGUCCCAGCGCUCAACCAGGGAACUGUCACACAGGUCAUCAGAGUCCUCAACCCACAGAAGCAACAGCUACGAAUGAGGAUCAAGCUGACGUACACCCUCAAAGGCUCGCCUGUGCAAGACCUGGCUGAGGUUAAUAACUUCCCCCCUCAGUCUUGGCAGUGAUGGGCUGCUUCUGUUGCUCUUAAAAGCCCCACCAAGGGAACUAUGAAAACGAUUUUCCUUUCACCUCCCUCCUCUCUUCCAACGGAUCCCCCUGUGACGUCACCGCAGUCCGCUGCCCUCGAGUCGCAUGGGAAGCAGCAGAGCAUCUAACACAGGAGAAACACAGAAUAAUUGGGAAAAACAUAUCAAUCAAUGAACUUUCUCUUUUUCUUUUCUUAAUUGGUUUCCAUGAUUUCUUUGCGUAGUACUAUUUUCCCCACAUACACCCUCUGCCCAGCGCCAUUACCACCCACAAAAGCACAUAUGCACACCAUUCACUGUGGUACAUUUUUACCUCACAAGUCACUGUAGAGAAAAAGUGUUUCCCACUAUGAGCAUUGCAGUAACCAUAGUUUUAUUUGAAUUUAUAAUUAAGCUAAAAUGCAGUUGAAACACAUUGCUCCAUUGAUUUAUGAUUGGCUUUGCAUUCAGAUGAUUUAAUAGCAGCAGCAGAAAAAACUUUCAAUGGUCUAUUUAAGUGAGGUCAUAAACUUCUUGACUCUCCACAUCAUGAGUGAUAUAACUUGUCAGAGUUGUAUUCGUUUUGAAUUACAUUAAUUUGCUUAAUGCAUGUUUGAGCAUUGUUAGGUUCACAAUCACAACUUGGCUCAGAUUCGGGAUUCUCGUACUAGGCCUCGUUAUCCUAUGUUUCUAUAGGAAGUAGUCUACAUUUGUGUUGUCACAAUUAUAAGAAUAUAAACAAAUCCAAGAUGGCCGGUUUGAUCACCUGUGGUUAGUUUUCAGAGAAUGUGCUCAGAUUUUCCCUCACAGCUCUCCCAGAAUCAUCUCACCUGUAGCUUUAGUUUUAGACAUGUAUAAUAAAUUCAGUGGUUAAUUGCUUUGCAUAGUAUAGGGAGGUUCAUUCAUUAGGGUGGAUAUAAACCAUGCCAGAAAUCUAUCUAGAGAAAAGCUAAUUGCAUUUGUGUUGGAGAUCUGCAUUUAAACCUUUCCUGCAACUGUGUCCUCACAGUUGAGCUUGCAAUUUAGAUACAUUUCUGAUUUCUUUAACCUGGUUGAACUUAGUCACCAUGCACAUACAUGUAAAUGAAGCUUGUUAUGAAUGUAGUUACAUGCACUGAAUGCGUUUUUUUUUUUUUUUUUCAAGUCUUUUUCAUGGCUGUCUUUUUUGAUGGGGAAACUCAUCUUAUUGGCACUAUUUUUGUGAAAGUAUGUUUUAUUUCUGCAGUAAUUUGACUUAAUUAUUUAUGCCUGAUAUCAAAGUGAUGUGCCUUUCUGCCUUAGCUAGAUAAAAGCCCCUGAACUAUUGAGUGCUGUAUGAACUUGGUUUUUAAGUCUGCUUGUGUGCUGAUUUUCAGUCUGAGGGAAAUGGUCCUGUUGGAUUUGACUUGGUAUAUCACUUAAUUUAAUAGGUUUUACUUUUUUUACAUAAUGGGUUAUAAUCAGUCACCCACUAAAUAUUGGCCUACCUGGAUGUCCACAGCAAUUACGUUUUUUUUUACGUCUUAAUUUUGACAAAAACAUAAAUUAUAGCUACAUGAUUGUGAUCGUUUCUUUCCCUAUACUGUGUGGCAGACUUUCCAAUUAAAAAUACCUGUUGGAUGUUAUUGACAACAAGGCCUAAAAACGGCAAAUCUCAAAGAUUAUGGCAGCUAAUAGAUGUAAACUUUUCCUAAGCUGGCAUCAACAUUUCAAGUGUUUUUAAAAAGUAUAAAUGUUUGACGAAAGUGAACCAUUAGGAAACCCCUCACCCCCCGUCAAUCAAUGUUGAAGUGAGUUUGGAUCGCUUGGUGAGGUACUGGGACGGGCUGUUCUGUGGUGACUGUUAGGAGUAUGAUUUCUUGGCUCUCGUCUUCUCCAAAUCAGAAUUCUGACCAUGCUGUCGGGGACAGUAACCUUAAUACCUCACAAUGUUCUCUCUUUCUGUUAACUUUCAGUGGCAGUAGAUUGACACCUUUUUGUUUAGUCAUGAAUUGCAAGGGGAGCAUCUGCAUGAGAGAAACUAAUGGUAGUUUGUACAUCUCAAUACUUAACAAGCUUAGCAGCCCUGCGGUGCUGUGUUGAGAUCCUCAGAUGUUCAGUCAGGCUGUAUACUUAUUUUCACUGCUUCACUAUAUUCUAACUUCUGUGACCAAAUCAGAGAAACUAUUAGCUUUGGAAAUAUUUUUGAGCUAUAUGUGUAUAUGGAGAAAAUUAUUUCAGUUUUUCUGUUGUUGACAAAUGUUGGCUUUUUUCCUGUACAUAUUGAGGGCUUUUACAAUUUUGUCUCUUGUACUACCUUUCAUCCUUUUUUUAGACACCAUUUUCUAAAAAUUCCAAUUAUUCACAAUGUAUAUUGUCUAAAUAGAUCUAGUCAACAUCAGUCUAUAGACUUCCCUGUAUCAUCACUUAUUCAUUGUAAAAGAGAUGAUCUGCUGCCUGUACAUUGUAUAUAGUUGUAAAACAAACAAAAGCUGAUCAAAUUAAAUAAAACCCACAUGAAGACUUAAAAGAUCAGCUAGGAAGUAUAAUUGUAUGCAUAUAUGUACAAAACAAUCUUAAAAGGAUGCAAUUGAACUGCAUUUGAUUUACUGUUCUUCAUACUUCAUUCAUGAUAUUUUACCAAGGUAGUUGGUGAGUCAGUAGGGUACUUGUUGGGGUUUCUUUUGAUGUUAAAAACAGGAGUUGAAUCUGUCUUAACAGAUGUUGUCUGAAUGAUGUACUGUACUACUGCGAAACCCAAGCACAGUGCUGCACAGCAGCAUAAGUGGCACCUUGCUUCAUCUGCUUCCCUGCCCCUCAAACACCUCAUGCAUCCACGCCCUCCUGCGAAGAGGAGCAGGUUUCUUGAAAAGAUGUAACUCUUCUUUCUGGCCUUAUGUGUGGUUGAGUGCACUCUUGACAAGUCACAUCUAUUAAACUCCCUUGAACCUAAAUAUUGAUUCGUAAAAUGAUGCUCCUUGGUCUUGGCGUUGUUCGCUCUAGUGGAUGCCUGUUACCUUUUUGUCUGCCAUGUAGCACCUUCCUAUAAGUGUCAUAUAUAUAUAUAGUGCCCCACUAGGAGGAGUUUUUUUUUUUUCUUUUUUACCUCAUUAUGGCCAGCAGGUUUAAAUUGGAAUAGAGUUUUAUCUGGACAGAUAUAAAGCAGUGUCCUUCCCUGGGUCUGAACAGUACAAGGCUUUCUUUUGGCUUCUUUUCGUCCUUUAUCACUGAUAUUAUUUGCCCAUGCAUGGUACACCUUUAAGCUUCUUUCUGUAGUCUCCAACAUGAAAGGUUGGGCUGUAACACAUGUGAAAUUGAUCUGAGCCCUCACUGUUUUAAACUUUACAUGGCAGUUAAUCACUGCAGGAUAUAAGGGAGGAAGUGGAUUUUUAUUUCUGUUGGGACCUUUUUAAAUUUUGUGUUUAUGGAGUGCUACUACCCCAAAACUAAUCUGGACAAGUCUGUGUUACAAUCUAAUAGCCACAAGGGGGAGCUGUGCAAAACGGAAGGCUGAUGGGAUGGGAAAGGAAGUUUCAUACAUCUAUUCCUGAAUGUUUUUGUUGGUGUUGUUUGUAUUGUCUUAUUCAACCAGUAUGUACCCUUGUUAAUCACAUCUGAUCAGUUCUUUAAAUGAUACCGUAAUUCAUGCAGUUUUAAAUGUACAAAUGGAAAUAAACCCAACAGAAGUGCUCUGGACACUGUAACUGAAAAGGAAGAAAAGAAACCGAAACAAAUACCCAUCAGCGUUUGAAGUGGUGUGUGUGUGUGUGUGUGUGUGUGUGUGUGUGAAAGCGAGAGAGAGAGAGAGAGAGAGAGACAGAAAAUAAUCAUGCUUGAGAGAGCGUGAUGGUAUGUGACAUGUCUUUUAUCUAGAUAGGACAUGAUUUCUGGCUGCAAUUUCAACUUUCAGCUUCUGAGCUGCAUGUGAAAACCAGUGUAAAUACUGUCAUUUCUACUCUUGACCUGAGAAUCUUUUUGAAAUGCAAGAAAAGUUCAAGUUACAAAAUCUAUCACACCACCUUCAUGGGUCAGUACUAACAUGUACAAUAGGAAGUUGUUCAGAUAGUGCUCACAAUACUGUUAAUGUUUUUAAGAGUCUGAUGAAAGUGCACAUCCAUCAUUUGGAUAAAUUGGAUAAUUUACUUUUGUUUUUUAUUUGUUAGGGUGAAUUCAGUGUGUAAAGGGCUUGGAAGAGCAUCUGACUUCACUUUUCCUGUUGAAUCAAAAAAGAAAUGCAUCCAUUGUUUUUUGAAAACAAAAUCUGUUUGUAACUCCCUGUAAAACGAUAUGGUAACUGAUUUGUUGGGGGGGGGGGGCAUGAGGUUCACUUUUCCCAGUCAAGUUUGACAUGUUGAACUGAAUCCCAGUUUCAUGGCUUCAAGGUGAGUGUGAAUGUCAGACUGAAAGUAUGAAAAUGAUGAUUAAAGAUAAGAAGUUGUAAACUAUUAAAUGGGAUAUUUUCAAUUUAUGCUGUGUAUUCUUGUCUUGGGUUGGAGAAAAUGAUCAAGCAAAUAAAAUGUCAAAUAAAAAUCUAGUUGAACUAU